AUGUCGGCCUACCCGGUGACCUAUAACGGGUCUGCUGUCGGGACUGGUGGUGACUCGCUCACCGAGGACCUGAACAUCUACUACAAUGCUGGUGAUAUCGCUUGGGUGGUUACCUCGUCCGCCCUGGUCUUGCUCAUGAUUCCCGGUGUUGGUUUCUUCUACUCUGGUCUGGCCCGUCGCAAGUCAGCCCUCUCCCUGAUCUGGCUCUCCAUCAUGUCGGUCGGCGUCGUUUCGUUCCAGUGGUUUUUCUGGGGCUACUCACUGGCCUUCUCCCACACUGCUGGCUCGUUCAUCGGCGACCUCCAGAACUUUGGCUUCAGAAACGUCCUGGCUGCCCCCUCGGUCGGCGGUACCCAUGUCCCGGAUCUUCUGUUCGCUAUCUUCCAGGGCAUGUUUGCUGCAAUUACCGUCGCCCUAGCAGUCGGCGCAGUCGCCGAGCGAGGCCGUAUGCUCCCCUGCAUUGUCUUCAUGUUCAUCUGGUCGACUGUCAUCUACGACCCCAUUGCCUGCUGGACAUGGAAUGCCUCGGGAUGGGUGUAUAAAAUGGGAGGACUCGACUUUGCCGGCGGCACCCCGGUGCACAUUGCCUCUGGCUCUGCUGCCCUGGCCUACUCAUUGAUGCUGGGCAAGCGACGCGGCCACGGUACCCACGAGCUCAACUACCGCCCUCACAACGUCACUCACGUUGUUAUCGGCACCGUCUUCCUGUGGGUCGGUUGGUUUGGAUUCAACGCCGGCUCUGCUCUCGCUGCCAACCUCCGUGCCGUUAUGGCUGCUGUCGUGACCAACCUGGCUGCCUCCGUCGGUGGCGUCACCUGGUGCCUCCUCGACUACCGGCUGGAGAAGAAGUGGUCCACUGUCGGCUUCUGUUCGGGUGUCAUCGCCGGCCUGGUUGCUAUUACUCCUGGAUCGGGUUUUGUCACCCCUUGGGCUGCCUUUAUCUAUGGUGUUGUCGGUGCUAUUGCAUGCAACUACGCCACCAAGCUCAAGUUCCUGCUGCGUAUUGAUGAUGCCCUCGAUAUCUUCGCGGUCCACACCAUCGGCGGCCUGGUUGGCAAUCUUCUGACCGGUCUCUUUGCUGCUGACUACAUUGCGCAUUUGGACGGCGCCACCACGAUCCCCGGCGGCUGGAUCAACCACAAUUACAUUCAGCUGGGCUACCAGCUGGCCGACUCGGUCUCCGGGUUUGCUUACUCCUUCUUGGGGACAUGUCUCAUCCUGUUCAUCCUCAACCUCAUCCCUGGUAUGAGUCUACGUGCUCCGGAGGAGGACGAGAUUAUGGGUAUCGAUGACGCCGAGAUUGGCGAGUUCGCUUAUGACUAUGUUGAGAUCACCCGCGAUAUCGUCAACGGGGUUGAGGCCAGCGAUGACAGCUCCAAGCGUACUGUCACGCCUACGGGCGAGGUUCCCAUUGUGGAAAAGGUCUAA